UGACAAUGAUGUAUUUCUCGCCUUUUUUUUUGUUAAAACAGUUGAUAAACGCGACAGAUAGACUAAACCGAGAAGAUGUGAGCCUGAGGACACUUUUGUCAGAAUUUAACACCACCCUCUCUAACAAGAUAGAGAAUGCGAGUAAGCUCCAGGGCCCUAUUGGACCACACGGUUUCAACGGCUCUCAAGGACCCAUUGGAUUAACCGGACCUCAAGGAUUCAAUGGUACACAGGGUCCCCAGGGGAUGAUAGGACCGCAGGGUCUUAAUGGAUCACAAGGACAACCAGGACCACAGGGUCCCAAAGGAACUGGUGACUUCUCCCUGUGUGAACACAAGACUAAGGAUUCGACUGCAACCCAAGAUGUAAUCAACAGGAACAAUUUAUCGAACCCAGCUAAAGUGCUCCUUGAGGAACUAAGUGGUAAAAAGAUUGUGGGUGUUUCAUGUACAACAGACCAUGCACAGCUUUAUCUGCUAUCGUCUCAAAUAAACCCAGCUAAUGGUAAACUGUUCUACUACUGUAGCUGUUAUGGUCAUCAUGGAAAUGCCCAGGCUUCUGUUAAGUGUGUCAUGCAUUACUGGGAAUGUCCACUGACUACAUGAACACAAAAAUAGACUGGUGUUUCGAUCAGGAAGAGAAACUUUGCAACUAGUUAAAAGACCUUACAUGUAGUUUCUAAAAGCAAAUAUCAACAACAAUUUUCACAACAUGUUAGCAAGUUUUCCGUUAUUUAAUCUUCUAUAGUUUCUUGUCCCACGAAAACAUUAAGUAUAGUGGCAGUCGUAUCAGAAUAAAAAGCAUCUCGGUUA